GCUUUUACAGUUGCGGUUCGUCGCUGCGAUCAGUUUGUUUUUUUUUUGUUGUUUUUGUUCUAACGGUAUUUCUGACUCCUGAUGGAGAUAUUUGGGAGCACAUUUGAUGACUCUAUGUUUUCAGAGGCGAGAAACAGAGUCUGUGUCUCUCUGACGUCAUACAGCGCCAAACUCUGCCAGCCUGAGUGGUUUUGUGAGAAUUCUGCUCUGGACACAGAAGAUCCUCUGGAGAAGUUAAAAGUUUAUAAGUUCAGAGGUGAUCUGGCUUUGAGACAGAAGGAUUACCAGAAAGCUCUGGACGCAUACAGCAGCUGUCUGCAGUGGACCGCAGACAACAACCUGUCCAUCAGGAGGGACGUGCUGGAGGGGAUGUCCCGAUGCUGCACCAAACUGGGACACAGAGACAGAGCUCUGGACGCGGCCCGCCUCCUGGGUAAAGACGUGUCCAACACGAGUCACCUGACCAGCCUGCUGCUGCUGAAGGUCGGCAUCUACCAGCACUUUGGCGCCGCCGCGUCCACGAUGGCAUCCCUGCAGCAGCUGUGCGUCCUGCUGCCCUUUAACCCCUGGCACUGGUACAGACUGGGCCAGACGUGUUUGGAGCUGCUGGAUGCCGACACGCCUGCAGCAGAGACGCCGCGUUCUCAUCAGGAAUGUGACUCGUCAGGAAAGUGGAGCGAGGAGCAGCAGGAGUUUGACCUGGAGCUGGAGGAGGUCCAUGGUGGCAGACUGUGGCUGAAGGCCUGCACCUGUUUCAUCAGGACCAGACUCCUGCUGAGAAUCCUGCAGCGGCAGCAGUCCUCCUUUGUGCUGCAGCGCAGUGACAGCGCCCUCCAAAGCACAAAUAAAGCGCUGCAGCGACUAAACCCCAACGAGGAGACGCUACAAACCCUCACCGAGGUGAUGUCUGAGGACCUGAUCCCGGAGAAGAUGAGGGAGGAGAACCAGGAUGGGGAGAGUCUGUCCGGUUUGUGUGUGCAGAGCUUCAGUCAGCGCUGGUGGAACAAGAUCUUACUGACUGGACCAGGACAGAGACCAAACCCUGACGCUCCAGUAGAGACUGUUCCAGAAGACCAUCAGGAAGAAGACUGAAACAUCUCAGAGGUCACUGAGGGACAGGCAUCUGAGGGGGCUUUCUAAGAUGUCAUCGUUUACAUUUAUUUAACAACCAUACAAAAACAUAUUUGCAGGUUUAAUGAAUUUAGAGAUUAUUCCCAAAAUGUGGCAGAACAUUUCCCACGUUCCCGUGCACAUAGUGACAAGACGAGACCGCGCUACUCUGUCAAAUACCAGAUCAAGAGCUUCUCACUGAGGCUCAGAAGAAAAAAUGCAUUUCAUGUUUUAAACUUCAGCAUGUUCUCAUCAAAAUCAUUUCAAUACAGUGCUUUUUUUGAUACACAAGACUGUUGCCCACUUUUGAACAUUUGUCAAACUUUGACCGAAGCUUCAAGUCCAAAUUAUGUUUCAGAUGAAAAGCUGACUUUGACACCUGGUUCAGGUUCAGGUUCCCUGCCUGUUCUGGGAUUUUUGACGCCGACAGGUUUUACAAGCUUUAGUUUGGUC